AAAUGGUAAUUUAAAUUAAUUUUUAUUUGGUGUACAGGAGAGAGGACCAAUUGAAUUCCUCUUGCAAGUUGAAAGUAAGAGGAGUGCUGUGAGCAAUGGCAUUGUGUUCAACAUCGUCACUGCAUUUGCAUAUGUUUCCUUGCCGUUUCCACCAUACAAAGUUUCAACCUCUUCUCUCAAUGUCACUCUCUUCGAAGCUACCGUUACAUUUUUCUGGCAAUGCCAGACUCCACCGCAACCAUGUCCAACACAACCCUAACGUUUUCAAAUUUCGAGCUUCAUCGUCAAACUCAACUUCUUCAUCUUCAUCGGGAAGUGGCACCAACUUGAUCUUAUUGAGUUCCGCGAUUACCGUCACAACAGCGGUAGCUAAUCGUGUGCUUUACAAAUUAGCCCUUGUUGCCAUGAAAAAUUACCCCUUUUUUCUCGCCCAGUUCAUUACUUUUGGCUAUGUUGUUAUAUAUUUCUCCAUCUUAUAUAUCCGAUAUCGGGCGAGAAUUGUAACCGAUGAGAUGCUUGCAAUUCCGAAAUUGCGCUUUGUGGCCAUUGGGUUUCUAGAAGCUUUGGGAUUGGUAACUGGAAUGUCUGCUGGAGCCAUACUUCCUGGACCAGUCAUACCCAUAUUGAACCAGACUUUUUUGGUUUGGCAGCUAAUGUUUUCCACUCUUCUCUUGAGAAGAAGGUACUCAAUCAAUCAAUUUAUUGGGUGCUUACUUGUAGCUGCUGGUGUCGUGGUGGCUAUUUCUAGUGGCUCAAAUGCAGGUCAGAUGCUCUCUGAUGUUCAGGUUUUUUGGCCUGCAUUGAUGAUAGUUUCUUGUGCCUUUCAGGCUUGGGCUUCUGUAAUCAAGGAGUAUAUUUUCAUCGAUUCUGCCACUCGAUUGAAGCACAAGUCACUGGACAUAUUUGUGGUCAAUUCUUUUGGAUCUGGGUUUCAGGCUCUUUUCGUACUUCUCUCUCUUCCUAUACUGUCUCACUUGAAAGGCAUACCUCUUGAUCAACUUCCUUCAUAUCUUAAAAGUGGUGCUGGUUGUUUUCUAAACCUUGGAGCUGUUAAACCAAAUUGUGAUGGCGCUCCCUUGCUUCCACUACUUUACGUAAUUACCAAUUUGGCAUUCAACAUAUCCCUGCUUAAUGUAGUAAAAACUUCUUCCGCAGUUGUUGCUUCUCUGUUGGUAAUGUUGUCAGUGCCAAUUUCUAUUUAUAUUCUUUCCCUUCCAUUACCAUAUCUUCCUGAGGGAACAAGCCUGAGCCCAUUUUUUCUGCUCGGCUGUGCCAUUCUUCUAUGUGGUCUUUUUCUGUACAACACGACUCGACCUGCAAGGAAUAGUUCUGAAGAUGACUGAAACGGUUCCAUUUCACGAAACCAAUGCUGAGGAACUAUCAGCCAGGCACCCUUGCCACACUAAGAAUGUCAGCCCUGAGGCACUCUUACCCACGACGAUUAUUCUUGGGAGGAAAAUUUAUCCAGUUUCCACGUUUUAAGGGUCACUUAGCUGCUUCAUGAUGUCGAACUUCCUCCUUCAGCCAUUGGAUCAUUGUAUCUUUUUACUCGAGAUUGUGCAGAUAUCUCUGAUGGCUUGUGCAAGAAUAAUUUCCUGUACAUCAAUAUUUAGAAGCAGAUAAAUGUUGUCUGAAAUACGACUACUUUUUAAGUUCAGUAACCUAAUUGGUUUUUUUCUUAACACCGUUAUAAGAAAAUAGAGAAAAGUCGAUACAAAAUUGAAGUGAAAUCUUGAUUAUAAGAGUUUUACGAUGAGAUAUAUGAGGUGGGUACUUUUCAGAAGAUCAACAUAAAUGAUUGUAACAGAUUCAGUUCUAGUGAAGUAAGAAAGCUGCACUUU